CCUGCCUGCCGCGGUGCCGGCUCUGCGCUGCCGGCGGCCGCACCGGGCGGGGGCACCGGCACCGGCACCGGCACCGGCACCGGCACCGGCACCGGCACCGGCACCGGCACCGGCACCGGCACCCGGGCACCGGGACUGCGCUCGGCUCGGCUCCGCUCGGCUCGGCUCGGCUCGGCACGGCACGGGCUCACCAUGAUCGUGUGUCCCCAGAGCGUGGAGCACCCCCGAGGAAGCCGAUGCCCGCGGCUGCCGGGGCAGGUAGUGAAGAUGUCCAGCAGCGACCCUGAGUGCCCCCAGUUCCUCUUUGUGAAGGUGCUGGCAAGCCGAGGGCGGCUGGAGGCGGUGACCCAGCAGAUGGGCUACCACCCCCAGUACCUGGACAGCUUCCUCAAGACGCAGCACUACCUGAUGCACAUGGAUGGCCCUCUGCCCUUUGACUGCCGGCACUACAUCGCCAUCAUGGCAGCAGCUCGGCACCAGUGCCGGUACCUAGUGAACCUGCAUGUGCUGCAGUUCCUGCGGGCAGGGGGGGACCCCCAGUGGCUGCGCGGCCUCGAAUUCAUCCCCCCCAAACUCCGCAACCUCAAUGAGAUCAACAAGAUCCUGGCACACCGGCCAUGGCUCAUCACAAAGGAGCACAUUGAGAAGCUGCUGAAGAUCAGCGAGUGGAGCUGGUCACUGGCGGAGUUGGUGCACGCCGUCGUCCUCCUGGCACACUGCCACGCACUUGCCAGCUUUGUCUUUGGCUGUGGCUGCGAGCAGGAUGAGGGGCUGGGGGGCCGAGGCUCGCUGAAGCCACUGUCACUCGGGAACCAGUGCUUCUGUGAGGCCACUGCCGGCAACAGCUACGGCCAGGAGCUGCUGCGCAUCAACCGCAAGCGGUCCCUGGACUCCUGCAUGGAGCUGGAUUCCCUCCGGGAACGCAUGCAGCGGAUCCAUGUGGAGACUGAGGGCAGGGAUGAGAUGAGGCUGCUGCAGCAGGACCGAGAGGAAGGGCUCUCCCCUCUUGCAGAUCCUGACAGCGAAGUCACCGCUGCCACCAACCUUGCAUGCUACAUGCAGGACCCUGACUUUGGAUACCAAGACUUUGCCCGGCGUGAUGAGGAUCAGACGCAGGUAUUCAGAGUCCAGGACUACUCGUGGGAAGACCAUGGCUUCUCACUGGUCAACCGGCUCUACUCCGACAUUGGGCAUCUCCUGGAUGAGAAGUUUAGGAUGGUGGAUGGUCUGCAGAGCAGUGCCAUGGCCAAGCGGCAGGGCUGUGAACCCUCUGUUUUCAAGCGGGGCAUCUGGAACUACAUCCACUGCAUGUUUGGCAUUAGGUACGAUGAUUAUGACUAUGCAGAAGUGAAUCAGCUCCUGGAGCGAAUGCUCAAAGUUUACAUUAAAACUGUAACCUGCUACCCAGAGAAGACAAACUCAGAAAUGUUUGACAGGUUCUGGAAGCAGUUCAAGCACAGUGAAAAGGUCCACGUGAACCUGCUGAUCCUGGAAGCCCGGAUGCAGGCAGAGCUGCUGUACGCGUUGCAGGCCAUCACCCAGUACAUGAUCUCCUAGAUGCUGGAGCUGCGGCAGGGCCCGGCAGCCUCCUCUCUCCCUGAACUCGUUCGGGACCCGUCACGCUGGGACCGACGGCAAGGGAUUCCUUGAUUUAGUUCACUUGACUGUAUUGUUCCUUUUUGUUGGUUCCCCACCCCCGCCUUGUGGGGGUCACUGAGUGGCCCUGUUACGUGCAAUUUCCAAACUGUGAGGCAAGUCCGUGCUGCUGAGAUGCUGGAGACUUGAACAUGUCCAAGGAGGACUGCCAAAAACAUGGGGGAGAGGGAAGUGGGAGGGGACUGGGGCCAGAUUAGAGGGAUGCUCCGUGCCUGGGUGCUGUGGGAGCCUCAGUGGCACAGGGAGGGCUGAGGGGAGAACUGGCUUCCUUCCCUGUGCUGCAGUGGCUGCUCUGCUUGCAAAGCCACACUUGGGCACCUGUCCUCAUCGGGGUGGUGUCUCUCACUUGGGAACAGUGUGGGCAGCAUGUGGGUGUGUUGAAAUGUUCUGAGUUGCAGGGUUAAGCAGCAAGAAGUGCUGGCUCCUAGCAAGGGCCCUUCCCCAGGACAGCAAGGGGAUGCACUUGCUGCCUGCUUGUUAUGUUCUUUAGGUCUAUGUGCCAAACCCUUCUGGGAUGGACAAGAGAUGACCCAGCAAACUCCAAACUGUGAAGCUCUUGCUGGCAGAGCAUCCUCGUGCUUUGCUUUCUCCGACAGCAGGAUGAGAAGGUCUUUGACAGUGUUCAGGCACUGGAGAUUUCUGCUGGGGGCUUUGGCAGUCCUAAGCCCCUCCUCUGCUCCCCAUCAGCAGAGAGGCAGGAGGAAAAAGGGAAGCUUGUUAAUGUGUUUGAGUUAAUGUGGUUUGUAUCUUCUUACCACCAUGGGAGGGCUGAGGUCCUGUGCCCAGUCACUUGCUUAACAGCAUGGUGGAGGAGCCUGUGGUCAGCACAGGUAAGCUACAAGAAGCUUUUCCUUGAAUGUGGGUUGGGGGGCACUCCUGGGACUGCCCCAUCUGAACAGAGGCAGCCUGUCCAUCAGCCUUGCCCUCUGCCUGGGCGGGGCUACACCACCAUUCCUCCCAUCUCCCUGGGCUGCUCCCUGCCUGUGCCACAACCCCUGACUGGAGAGGUACAAGGGCACCAGUGCAGGCUCCAGAGAGCAGCGACAAAAGGGGAAUGAAGCCACCCAUUGUAAGUGGGAGCCUGAAGCAAGGGCAGCUGUCGAGUCAGCCAGUGCACGCUGCUUCAGUCGACCUGUUUACUGCGUAAAUAUACGGGGAGAAAACCUUGUGUAUGGAAGCUACAGAAAAAGCCUAUUUUUGCUAUAAAUAUAUUAUGUUUGACACGGA